GAAGAGAGUAUAGUUUUAGUCCCUGGUAAUGUUUGGUUUCAGUAUUAAUACUUCAUUUGGAAUUUUGGUUCGUUAUGGGUGAUAUUCGUGGGACAAGAACAGUUGAAGAGUUGGUACCCCAUUUGAAUUGGAUUGAAGACUCAAUGAGACAUUACUUAUUAGUUCAUCUUCCCGGUUUCAGAAAGGAGGAGGUGGACGUUGGACUUGCAUACCCUGGCUAUGUAACAAUCAGUGGAGAAAGAAUAGUGAAUGAUAAGAAAUGCACAUAUUUCGGGCAAGCUUUAAAAUUGCCAGAGAAUUUAGAUAUGAAAAAGGUAGGUCAAUCUUUCGAGGAUGAAAUGCUCACUCUAACUUUCCCCAAGAGAACAGAAGAAGAAGAAGACGAAAAUGGCAAUCCCAGCACUACGAAAAAGAGUUUACAAGAAGAAGAAGAAGAAGAAGAAGAAAAACAAAAAGAAGUAAUCAAUGAACAAAAUCAAACAACACAUGAACAACAUUGUCAUGCUGAGAGUGAGGAACAGAGCAAGCAGACUGAUGAUGAUAAUAUUGUUAAUGCUACUGACAACGAGAUGAGAAAGAAUGGAGGAAUAUUGGAGAGGGUUAUCAAUUUGCUUAGGAACAACAUUCUUCUAACACUUGCUUUGGCAUUUGCUUUGGGAGUUUUUGCGUCUAAAAGGUUUGAAUCAAAUGGAGAGUAAACCAACAAUUUGAUUUGCAUAUCUGUCUUAUUGUUAUCAAUGAGAUACACACCAGCUUUUAACACCUCUAUUCAUGUAAAUAUUAAAAACA